UUUUUCAUUGGGAUGAUGUACAGCAUCCAUUAUUUUGAAGGACUGCUCUUAGAUACAGUUAACAAACACAAACCCUGGAUUGAGACGUCGUACCAUGGAAUCAUAACUGAAAACAAUGACACUGUGAUUUUGGAUCCUCCCCUGGUUGCUUUGGAUAAAGAUGCACCUGUUCCCUUUGCAGGUGAAAUAUGUGCUUUUAAAAUCCAUGGGCAAGAAAUGCCCUUCGAGGCUGUUGUGCUGAACAAGACAUCUGGAGAAGGUCUGCUUCGAGCAAAGAGCCCGAUUGACUGUGAACUGCAGAAGGAAUACACAUUCAUCAUCCAGGCCUAUGACUGUGGAUCGGGACCAGGUGGAACAAACUGGAAGAAAUCUCACAAGGCAGUGGUCCAUAUCCAGGUAAAGGAUGUCAAUGAGUUCUCCCCAGCAUUCAAGGAGAGCGUGUACAAGGCCACUGUGACAGAGGGGAAGAUCUACGACAGCAUCCUGCAGGUGGAAGCCAUAGACGAGGACUGCUCCCCCCAGUACAGCCAGAUCUGCAAUUACGAGAUUGUCACAGCAGAUGUGCCCUUUGCCAUCGACAGGAACGGUAACAUCAGGAACACUGAGAAACUGAGCUAUGAUAAACAGCACCAGUAUGAGAUAAUGGUGACAGCUUUUGACUGUGGGCAGAAACAUGCAACAGAAGAUGUCUUGGUACGAGUUAAUGUCAAACCAGUGUGCAAACCAGGCUGGCAAGACUGGAACAAACGGAUUGAAUACAGGCCUGGCUCUGGCAGCAUACCCUUGUUUCCCAGCAUCCAUCUAGAAACGUGUGAUGGACCAGUGUCCUCAAUCCACACCACCAUUGAACUGCAGACCAAUUACAUUGGAAAGGGCUGUGAUCGUGAAACCUACUCAGAAAAAUCUCUGCAGAAAUUAUGUGGAGCUUCCUCAGGUGCCAUUGACCUAUUACCAUCUCCCAGUACAACAACCAACUGGACAGCUGGGCUGCUCAUGGAUAGCAAUGACAUCAUUUUUAAAUUUGAUGGAAAGCAAGGAGCCAAAAUCCCAGAUGGAAUAGUCCCGAAAAAUUUAACUGAUCAAUUCACCAUCACUCUGUGGAUGAAACAUGGACCUAGUCCUGGGUUAAGAGCUGAGAAGGAGACUAUUCUCUGCAACUCUGACAAGACAGAGAUGAACCGGCACCACUACGCGCUGUACGUGCACAACUGCCGGCUCGUGUUCCUGCUGCGCAAGGACUUCGACCAGGCCGACACCUUCCGCCCCGCCGAGUUCCACUGGAAAUUGGACCAGAUUUGUGACAAGGAGUGGCACUACUACGUUGUCAAUGUGGAGUUCCCCGUGGUGACGCUGUACAUGGACGGGACGACGUACGAGCCGUACCUGGUGACCAACGACUGGCCCAUCCACCCCUCCCACAUCGCCAUGCAGCUCACAGUGGGGGCUUGCUGGCAAGGAGGUGAAGUCACCAAGCCCAGAUUUGCUCAGUAUUUCCACGGCAGCCUGGCCAGUCUGACAAUCCGGCCAGGGAAAAUUGAGAGUCAGAAAGUGAUUUCCUGUUUGCAGGCCUGCAAGGAAGGUCUCGAUAUUAAUUCUCUUGAGAGUCUUGGCCAAGGAAUAAAGUAUCACUUCAACCCUUCCCAGUCAGUCCUUGUCAUGGAAGGAGAUGACAUUGAGAAUAUAAAUCAAGCCCUGCGAAAGGUCUCAUACAUCAAUUCCAGACAGUUUCCUACUGCAGGCAUACGACGUCUCAAAGUCUCAUCUAAAGUCCAAUGUUUUGGUGAAGAUGUCUGCAUUAGUAUCCCAGAUAUAGAUGCCUAUGUAAUGGUGUUUCAGGCCAAUGAGCCCAAGAUUACAAUAACUGGCAUGGACCACUUUGCUAGACCAGCUGCACAGUUUGAAAGUGAAAGAGGUGUUAUUUUGUUACCUGACAUCAGGAUUGUCAGCACAGUCACUAAAAUGGAGCAUCCAGUGGACUUAAGAGAACAUGACAGAGCCAAUAAGCAAGUGGUAGUAGAGGAAAUGCUCCACAACUUGGAUUUCUGUGAUGUUUUGGUCAUUGGUGCAGAACUAGACCCUGAACAAGAGUGUUUAGAACUUGAUCAUGGGGAGCUGCAAGGAAAACAUCUAGAUGCCACAAAUUCCACUGCAGGAUAUUCAAUCUACGGUGUGGACAGCAUGUUCAGCUAUGAGCAGGUGCUGCGGCAGCUCCGCUACCGCAACUGGGCCACCUCGGCCACCUCCGACAGGAAGUUCAGGGUCAAGUGCUCGGAGCUCAAUGGGCGUUACACCAGCAAUGAAUUCAACCUGGAGGUUAAUAUCCUACACAGUUCCAACUCCAACUUCAUGGACCAUGUAAAUCACAUGAUAGUCCAACCCCAAUUUCUCCAAUCUGUUCAGCACCCUGAGGGGAGUGUAAGUGCAGUUCACAACUCAGUUGUUCCCAGUGUGGCCACAAUCGUUAUUGUCAUCUGUGUGAGCAUCCUCGUGUUCGUCAUAACCCUGGGUGUGUACCGGAUCCGCACAGCCCAUCAGCACAGCUCCGCGGAGCGCGAGGGAGCCAAGGAAAACGAGAUGGACUGGGAUGACUCUGCUCUCACCAUCACUGUCAACCCCAUGGAGAAAUAUGAAAAGCCACACCAGAUAGAAGAGGAGAGUGAGGAGGAAGACAUAGAUGAUGAAGAAGAAGACACAACCAGUGCUGAAUCAGAUGACAGUGAAGAGGAAGAAGAGGAGGAAGAGGAAGUGAUUGUCCAAAAGGGAGACAAACAGAAUGCCACCAGGCAAGAGCAGUUGGAGUGGGAUGAUUCAACACUCCCGUACUAACAAACAGCCUGCAGCCACAGCUCUUUUGUAACAACCAAUACAGUGUUUUUUCAGUCUUUGAAUUAAUUGACAGGAUUGGAACUUCUGCUUGCCUGUAACUGUUUCGCCUAAAAUGAUCUUGUUGUAGUAAUUGAUAAUGACAGAACUGAUCCUUUUCUUACAAAGCCGGGGGAAAAUGUGGUACAAACCUCCUGGCACACACAGUAAUAAAGUAAUCCAGAGCUUGAUCUGUUAGCAAGCAUAGUUCUCAAUUUCCUGUUUCUACCUGCAGGUGUGUGACAAAAGUCCUGUCACUCUAUCCAUAGAGGUUUUUGCCUUUACUACUUUUUUCACAUGGGAGAGAUUUCAGCUUGUUAUGAAGAAUUACUUCUGUGGGUCCAAAUACCAGUUGCCAUCUAACUUCACAUUCUUAUAGGUGUAAAAAACAUAAUCCUCCUCGGGACUGGCUUUAGUGCUAGAGGGCACAGAUGCUGAAUUCCAUCUGUGGUCUCAUCCUGCCUUUUGGAUGUUAACUGUGUUAUAGGAAUACCUAGGACCUGACAGGGGAUGCAUGUGUGCCUAUGUAGAUGUGGACAGUGUAUUUUUUCAGGCAUGCUGUCAGACCCUCAAGAGAGGGAUUUUUAUCCAACCUACUGAUAGAAAUUAAAACAAGUUUUAGAAAAACAGCAACAAGAAGGGGCUGCUGAAGGUUAUUAAAAAAAACCCCAGCUUGUUCUGUGUCCAGAGAUUGAGUAAUAUGAUCUUAUGCAAACUGUAAAUUAUAAUGGGAUUGAUUCACUGAAAAUCUGUAGAGCUGCUCAUUAGUUAUGGAUUGAGCAAUUUGCAGCAAAUCAAUGCUUUAAACCGUCUGUCUCAUGGAAUCAUUAGCUUGCUGCAGCAUCUUACUGAACUAGUGGAAAAUAAGUGACCCCAUUAUUCCAUAGCUAUGUAUGGCUGGGAUUUAAACAAUUAUUUUAGAUGAGGAAAAUGUUCCCUUUUGCUUAGUGAAUGCCAGCUGGAAUUCCUGUCUGACUGUAUUCUAUAAAAACAUUAUUUCUUCUGUACCCCUGCCUGCCUGUAGUGCACAAGAGAAAGGAACAACACUGUGAGCUCUCUUCUGUGCUCAUAAUUCUCCCUUAUUUCUUCUUCCUGAAGCCAUUAAUGUUGAGAGAAGGUUUUAUAAAGUAGACAAGGAAAAAUAAAACCUGUGUGGAACCAAAAUAGCUGAAAAUGAAAACUAAACUCUGAAGAGGUUGAGAGAUUAUUUUAGUUUAUUAUGGUAACACAGCAUAUUUUUCUUAAACACUGUUUAAAAAGAAAAAAAAAAAAAGGAAAAAGCAGAGCUACAUAUACAAUGUGUUGGUAAGUCUGUGUGGUGUGGUUUUUGUCCCCCUUCCUUAAAUACCUUUGCAUCUUCAACUGCUCUGCUUACCAAAUGCUGCAGCACUUGCUAGGGGAGCUGCUCUAACGCAUAGAAACAAAAUGGCAUGGAAGUGAAUGCUGCUUGGUGGUUCGUCUGGGUUAUUUUCCUGAGUACUUUGUUUUCUUUGCAACUUCAUCUUUGACUUUUGCUUUCGUAAUUUGCUGUUUAAAAUGAGCUGCUUCCUCUUCUCCCCUCUCCCAGUCAGUCUAGCCACAACAGGACCUUGCUGAGCGCCCUGAAUGGUGGUUGAUGUUGCAAAGGGUACUUGGAGAAAUCCUGAGGGUAUCCACCUCCCUCAAUACUAGGUUACUAACAGCUCCUGAAUGUCGUGGGAUAUAGGGAGAAUAUAUAUAGUGUAUUUGGGAGUUCUUGUAAUUCCAGUUUCUGCAUUUGAUAGCUGAAGGGAAAUACUGACAGCAACUAGGCCUUGCAGUUAAAUAACUAGAAAGUAAAUGAAAGAAAAAUCUAUAUUAAUUUUAAAAUUAGAGAUAUUCAUGCUUGUAUUUGUUGUGCCAGCAAUCAUGUUGUCACAUGGUUGUUAAGACUGGCAAUACAGCAGUUUUCUUUUGUUAUCAAUCCUGUUUCAUUUUAUUCUCUCACACGUAUUAAACUUAGAAGAAUAUUUGCAGAAUCAAGGCCACAUAAGUACAUUUUAUCUGCAGGAAUAACAACUGUAAAAAUGUCCACAAUUUCUGUGUAAUACAAAAUUAAUAUUUCUGAAUAUCUUGAACAAAAAUGUUAUGUUAGAUCAUUUCUUACCAUCCUAGUAUCCUAGAUAAUUUCCUAGUUUUAAUUUUUUUAGUGAUAUGAAGCAGGCUCUUCAUGAUGCUUGUUAUCAGCACAUAUCAGCAAAUCUUUUUGCUCAAAAAAAAAAAAAAAAAAAAAAGAUUUAAAAGCAAAUGUACAUAUUUAAAAGUCAAUUUCAGAUUUAAAACUAGACAAAUUAUUUUAAAGUUUCUGUUAUUCCUGAUUAUUAUUGUUGUUGUAGCAAGCAUUAGGGCAACAUGAAAACAGCAAUUUACAACCUUAUUGACAGCCUUUAAUUCUUUUAUAUGUUUGUGAAUUCAUCAGUGUGUUUCUCCAUCUAAUAUAUUGACUUUUAUCUUUUUGUUACUGGAAGCAGAUCUUUUCAGGUUGUACUCGUACAUUACACAAGAAGCAAACAAAGUAUUUUCUCUACUGUAAAUAAACCUACCUUUUUAAACCUAAGCAAAGUAAUACAGGCAUGUGUGUUGUCACUAAAACUUGGUUUGCAGUAAGAUAUUCAGCAAACUAAAAUGUAUCACUGUACGUACUUUAGAUUACUCAUUGGAGUGCAUUAUGCAGCAUUUUUCAUUUAAAUAAAUAGAAACAUCCUUUUCACAAAAUGGCAAUGAGAAUGAGAGACUUCUUCACAAAAUGGGCCCUAGAAUACUUGUGUAGCACUGAGAGCAGUGGCUUCCUGAGUGAAACUACUAACAGAAAAUGAAAGAAAUACCACUUUUUCUAAAACAAUUCUAACAAUAUUUCCUCCUCUCCAGCAAUUAUUUUUUUAUAUAACCUACUUGCUUAAAAAUCAACCAGAACACAUACACACAUAUGUGCAUAAAGACACACGUGUGGGGGUUUUUUGCCCCUAAUCAAAAGCCAAAAUUCUCUCCUUUCCUCCCUGAAAAAAAGUGUUUAGAACUGUAAAACCAUUCAGGUUGGAAAAGAUCGCUUAAGAUCAUUGAGCACUGCAAAAACCACGCUAACAUGGCCCCAAGUUUCCCAUUCAUGUGUCUUGAAAUUCCCCCAGGGAUGGUGACUCCAUACUGCCCUGGAUGGCCUCUUCCAGUGCCUGACCAUCCUUUCAAUGAGGAAAUUUUCCCCAAUAUUCGAUCUAAACCUCCCCAGCACAACUCGAGGCUGUUUCCCCUUGCCUUAUCACUUGUUACUUGAGAAGAGAAACCAACCCCCAACCUGGCUACAGCCUCCUGUUAGGGAGUUGGAGAGAGUGAAAAGGCCCUCCUGAGCCUCCUUUUCUCCAGGCUGAGUGCCCCCCAGCUCUGUCAGCUGCUCCUCAUCAGCCUUGUGCUCCUGACCAUCAAUGUCUGUCUUGUGGUGAGGUGGCUUUUUUACAGUAGCAAUAAACAAGUGUAUCCAAAGAAAGCACUUCUGAAGAGGUACCCACAAUGCAUGGCAUCAGGAAUCCAGAGGUGACAACAGAGGUCUAAAAUGAUAUCACAUCAGUGAUGCCUUUAAAUUUUUGAAGUUCUAAUCUAAGGCUGGAAAAAGCUGCAAAACCUACAAAUGCAAAUUGAAGAUGUUAUCUGAAUUAAUAUAACUACCUAAGUGGCUAUUUGUGAUUAAUAGUGCUCAUUUCUCUUUCACUUCUACCCCCUCCACAGGUGUUUUAUCUUUGCAACUAAACCUUAAAAUGCACAGUUGACAUUAAUCUCAAUAUUUACUGCAUUGGCUGACACCAGUUCAAAUUAGAAAUAGAGAUGAAGGCUUCGUGACAUCUUUAAUACUAAUUAAUAUAAACUGUUGCUAUUUGUUCAUUCCAGCAGGUAAUACCUUGCAGUGGUGGUGGGACUGCUUUUUACCCAAUGAUAGCUCUCACCAGAGGCUAGUGGGAGGGAGCAGUUUAUUUUCCUGUCUGGCAUGUGGUGGUGCUGAGCUUGCUGAGCACCUGUGCACCAUCCUUACUCCAUUCAGGAACAAAAUGAGGCUCAGAAAGGAUCAGAAGGCUACAAAGUUCCUCUUGUAGGGAUGAAGUCCACUGUCUCCAUUGCAGCAGCUGUCCCUGCCUGACCCUAAACUGAAAAUAAUGCCACAGGAGCUCAGCAGCCCUAGGUGAAGGAUGGUCAGAGGGUAAUGCAGUAGCAGCCCUUACUUCACUGAGGCAAAGCUUUUUGAGCCCUGCACCUAAUUUGUGUCUCAGCUGUCUCUUUCCACAGCUGUAACCUCAGAGGCAGCUUUAAUCUUUUCCCUGGCCAGGGUCCCAGUGCACUGGGACACAACACUGGCUCUUCUCAAAGUUUUGGUGCCAGCACACACAGCACUCCAUAUCCACAGAACAGCACAAGGAAAGACUUUACUGGGGUGACAGCAGCUAAAGAUCUGGUGAGAUGGAGCUGCUCCUGGAAUAUAAAUUUUAAUACCAGAAUUAAGGAUGUUUGCAAAAACCUAUGGAUACUGAGAGAGGAAGAGGAAUUAAACUGUGUGUACAUCUCCUCUAAGGGGCUUCCUCUUCCCUGAAUUCACACAUGCUGAACAGAAUAAGUAUCUCAAAACAAGGAUAUCCCCAGUCUCAGGGGGGAUACCAGGUUUUAUCAGGUUCUGCCCCGAUAAAAUUACUGAAUAAAAAUAAUGGAAAUGCUGAGAGGAACCUGGAUGAUGCAGUAGCCUUAUCUAGGCUUUCAGCAACAGGUCUGAGAUUAAUGCCCCUCUGGGGUGAUCCCUGUAGCUGCUGACCUUUACAGAGCAACUGUUUAAAGUAGUUCUACACCAAGUGAGGAAAUCUAAGGAGAUAGGAGAAAAAAAACCCCAAAUGACAAAACAUAAACAUCAAAAAGAUUGUUAAAGAAAUCAAGCCACCUUCUAAGUCACUAAAUUUAUUCCUGUUGAUGGCACAUAAUUCUGUGCUGUACAAAUAUAAUCUUCCUCAUGCUUCAACCAGUAUCACCAACCACAGAAUGGCAUUAGGUUUCUCCCUCUCAGGCACAGCUGAGGAAGCUUCCAGGCCUUGUUCCUGCACAGCCUCAUUGCCCCCAGAGCCUGCAAAGCUCACAGCAUUCCAGUGCCACUGCAAACAGCCACAGGAAUAGCGGCCAUCCCAUCCCUCAAAGAUCUUGGUGUUCCCAAAGGAACCAACACUCGCAUGCACCAAACCUUGCAACACUUUGUAACAUAAGUACUCUUUACAGCACCCACAAUCUGUGAUCCUGUUCAGUCUUUGUACAUUUGGAUCAAAUGGAGUUUUUUUUUGAAAUAAAGAAAGUCAUAACAAGCAAUGUGAGGGGAGAUGUAAACUGAAAUUCAUCAGGUUCCCUAAAGCUACAUGUCUCAGACUGUGUAUCCAAUGAUCAGACAUCUGGUUGCUGGACUUGCCUGGAAUCCAACUUCAUUUUUGUUAGCAUGGAAAGGAAAGACACAAAGAAUAGAGAUAACCACUAAAGCUACAGCAGAGAAAAAUUCAUACUCUCUUAACACCCCCAAUCUCAAGAAGUAUUUCUGCACAAUAUAUUGGGAAAAUUGCUCCAGUGAUAUCUCAGAAAGUAAUUAUAAUUCAUAACCUUUGUAGAAUGGGCAAGGUUCAAGCCUGGUGUGUUUUUUCUGGUUUUGUUUUUCUCUAAAGAAGACAUGACCAUAAAUUAAAAAUACACGACACUUGAACAGUGCAAAAAUGAAAGGGGAGCAAGGGCUUUAAUUUCAUAAGCCUCUGUCUAACAUAGGGGUUUAAAAUAAUAAACAGUUGUAGCCCUUAUUUUUGAAACUUAACAGAAUAAAAUGAAUCCAGGAGGUUUUGUAUGUUCAUAACUUCAUUCCUGGUGAUGAAAAGGCAGGCACCAGAGCAGGUAACCUUUUUCCCUAGAGGUGUUUUGCUGCCUUUGGAGUAGGUAUUGCCAGUGGUUUGCUCGUUAUGGUGUCCCUGUCUCUGCUGGCAAUAGGAACAGUGCUGCUGGCAUCCUUUGGAAAGCUGUGAGUGCUGUUGAUGAACAGCCCUGUGAAAGAGCUUGGUGGUGCUGUGGUUCAAUAAUUCUCCUGCAGCUCUGCUCAGAGCCCUCCCUUGUGGUGCACUCCAAACAUGUGCAGAGGGAAUGACACAAUGGUUACAGUGGAGAGCUUUGGGCUGGUGCUUCAUUAGUUAUUGUCUAUAAAGAAACACUCUGCGUGAAGCACUGCAGACAUGUGAAACAGAGUUCAGGAAAAGCCCUCAUUCUUAUUUUCAGUACUAAGUCAUAGGGAAAUUGUGCAUUCAUCAGCUGUUGAAGCUCCAUGGCCGUGUAUUGUCACUAUUUAUGUCUGUGCUGAGAACAAAGAAGCAGCAGAAUUUUUUUCCCAGUUAAGCACAUUGUACAAUAAAAGAGUUCAGCUUUCCCUGGGCAAGGUGCACAAAGCUUGCCAAACGCAAAGAGAAGCUGCCUCCAAAUAGGGAACAAAGAUUUUACAAUGGUAUUCCAUCCUCAUGCUUUAGAAACCUAGAAAAUUUAAUGGGAGUAAAAUGCUUUACUGCAGCCCUUCCUAUUCCUUUUGUAAAAAUCUGGAUAGUCAUGGGUUUUCAGAGGUGUUGAACUUCCCAGCUGGGUAUAAAGUUCUUUCAGGUGUCUUUUGGUGUAAUAACCCAUAAAACUAUUUCUGACUAAAGGUUUCAGGAUAUACUAAGGGGGAAAAAAUGGCAAAAAGUUAUUAAAAUUACAAUGUCUUUUUUUUUCUACUCCUGCCUCCCCUAAAUAUACAGAUACAAAAGACUUGAUCAGACAAUCCUGACCAAGUCUGUGACUACAAUGACAUUUCAAACCAGUACUGAAAUUGGCAGUAAAUCCUUGUCUACAAACUGCUUAAUGUACAGUAGAUGAAAAGGUGGAUGGCUGUUUUAACUAGGCAUGCUCUUUGGAAUGUGGAAUGGAUCAACUACAGUCAGUUCCUUUAGGAAACCAAAUUAUUAUUUAAGGAAGAGUGAACAGGAAGGUAGAAGAGAGUACUGCAUGAAUAACAGAAAGAGUUAAGAUUUACAGUGAUGUGAAAAAAGUUGAAAUUUAUACCUGUAGAAAAGAAAGACACAUAAAAGCUCGAGUGUCAAAUAGUAAGAAAAUGGAAACAUUUUCUGUUUUCAUGCCAGAACUGACACUGUCAUGAUGAACAAGAAAAAGAAUGAAUAUAGGAUGUCGAAGGGUUCCGAGGUGACCAGACACGUACGUGUACACGCAUAUGUGUGUAUACAAGAAAAUCACAUAACAGUUCCCAUGGGGAAGUGGGGGCUCUGGUGAUGAAGGAGACCCUGUAGGUUUUUAGCCUUGUUGGUGCUGAAGUUGCCUCCUUUAGUUCAAGUUACAGCACCUCCAGCAGAGCUGGGAAGGCAGCAGGGCCAUGAGAGGUACUGCUAUACUGGGCGUGCACUAAGUAGAAAAAUUUAGAGCCAAGGCCAGCCCACGGGGACUUGGGGCAAACAUUGUGUCUUCUGUAACUUGAGUUUGAGGGUUCAGUUACCACACAGUUUAAUUUGAGGUAAGAAAUGGAACUUUUGCCCCCUGACAGCUGUGUUGAUUAGUUUUGGAGAUCCAUAGGUUGAUGAGGAGCUGGAGACACCCAAGGCAGACUAUACUCCACAUUGAAAAGGCCCCCAAGCAAACUUUUUGAAGUGAUACAAUCUCCUAAGUGGCCACAUAGUUAGGACUCCUGAUUUUUGAAAAUAUACGUAAUAGAAAACUUUUCAAGGAUAAUGACCAUUCCUGAAUGAAUCUGAGAGCUGAAGUUACUGCCUCCAUUCUCAGAAUCAACUAUUGGCACGUUUAUUGUUGGCCUCUCCCCAGACUGAUGUAAAAGUGUGAGGUACAUCUGAAAAGAGAUGGGGUUUUUAUAUAUAUUCUGUUACAAAUACUGCACCACCAGUUGAGUAAAUUUUUGAUUGUGGUUAACAGGCAGUUCUGUUCAAAGGGUCAUCAUGACAGGGAUGGGAAGAUACACCAGAGUGGAUUAUUGCUUUGCAGGGUAAUUCACACUAUGGGUAGGCUUCCUAAGAACUGUUUCAUCUCAAUUUCAGUGUGUUUAGAAGUUCAUACUAGACUUGCCAAAUCCUAGAAAUAAAGAUUAGUAGAAAAAAGGAAAAUGUAGUGCGAGUAUUAUGCUAACAGUGCAGAAUUCUUUACUAGAAUAUAAUUUUUAGUGUUAGGGAUGGGGGUGCUUCAACCUACUUAAAUGUUUCUAAGCCUGGGGCUUCUACUGCUUCCCCUGGGAGAUUGUUCUAGAGUCUAUUAGAAUUCACCAUUAGAAAGCUUUUCCUGAAAAUGAAUUUAAAUAAUCCUUUUUGUAAUUUUUAUCUCAGUCCCAAUUAUACCCUUUUGCACCACUCUAAAUAGUUCCUCUAACCAUGAUUUAUAUCCUUUGAAUAUUUUUAGAUAGUUAUCAAAUUCAUUGCCUUUGGUCAUUUACUAGAGAAGCUGUGAAUCCCUCCUCAUCCCAAUUCAUUCCUUCAGUCUUGUAUUUCUUACCUUUUCAUGAAAUGUCUUUAAUACACAAAAUAAAUCCCCUGGUAUUUCCUUAAAUAUGUCACGAUCAGUUCACUCUGUUAAGGUGCUCGUGUUGGUGUGUGUCACUGCAUAAGUUGUCAAAGGUUAAACAAUAAAUUUAAAUUGAAACUUGAUUUUUAAAAAAAUCUUUUCUGUAAUCAGUGGAUAAGUGCUCAUACGAUAUGAAUUUAGCAGUGUCUUUUACGUGGAAAUGAUUUAACAAAGCCAACCAAUAAACACUGGAGCCAGCCAAACAAUUAGACAAAGCAUAAUUUGUUAGAAAUUAGAUUAUUGUCAUUAAUGUGAAAACAGACACUGUCAUUCAUGUGCCCAUGUUUUUAAGUGUCCCUAUACUAAACAGCAACUACUAGUACUUUCAUUUAGGACAGAUAAUGUUGCUUCUCCUCAAAUGUCAGUAGAAUGCACCUACUUUCUAAAACAAAUGCUCAAGAUUUCCAGCCAGGCACUAACUGCUGCAAAGAAAUAGAAUUGUGCCAACUCUUCUGAUUACUUCCAUGCCUACCUUUAUAUUGCAAAUUUGUGAUACAUUUCUGGUCUCUGCUGGCAUGAUGACUCUGGGGUUUGUUUUCAAGCCUGUGUUCUCCGGCUCAGAAGCCACACAGGCAAACAGGGAGAAUGUACAAAGUCAGCUUGGGUCUUUUCAUUGAUGUGUUUCCUUCAUCUGCUCCUGCCUCCUGUACCUGAACACCAAACCAGAACUGAAAUCCUUGUGCUUGAAGAGCCACUGCAUCACUAAGACCCAAGUGAAAUAGAAUUUCAUUUCUUCUUCAUUUGCUCUGUCUGCAAGGAUUGGUGUAAAGGGGAGAGCAGGAACACUGAGGGCUCCAGUGGUGACUUUAGGGAACUCUCUGCUUCCCUCAGCACAUCUCAGUCCCUAGUGGGUGUAAAUUGUGCAAACCAUAUUGUAGGAAAUUAUGAAUUGCCAGGAGUGGGUUUAGGUCACAGGAGCAAACAAUGACUGCCUUGGCAUUGGCUGUUUCCUGUCACUUCUCUGCCCACCUUCCCAAAAUGAGCCAUUGGAUGAGGAAUACCCGAGGUCUGACAGACAGGGGAAGAUGAAUGAACCUUGCAAGCUGAGGUUGCAACACAAAGGAGAGGAAAAGGAAGAGGAAUUCCUGAGUAAGGAACUGUAAAACAUGACUUGUGAUGAGCAGCAGAGCAGGAAUCAGACAUGCACCCUGAAUAUUGUUGCAGUUUAGUGGAAGGGGUUGUUCUAGUUAGAAUUAACUAUGUAGUUAUUAAAUAUUUUAUAUGUUACUGAGAGUGUAGGAUUUCAAAGAGCUGAGAAAUAAUCUCAUCAUGCCAAAUGUAACAGCUGUGCUCUAAUUGGCUGGGACAAUUCUAUUUCAUAUUUCAUCAUCUCUUGACAGUAAAAAUGAUAUUUCAUCUGCCUGCAAAAAUGUAGAAUUUUUCACACACAGUUUGCCAUUUCCCAGAUUGCUUCCAUGUUAGUGCAUUGGUUUUUGUUGAGGAGCAGUAACUGCAGUUGGUAGCAUGUAUUUUGUAGCUUGGGAUUGCUUCCUAGCUGUCCAAAUUCUGUGUAGUUGUGGCCACUUUUAUGGAUAAUAAAACAUAUACCAGAGAAGGGAUUAAGUAAACAUAUGCUGUAUGGUUGUACAUACAACGGUUGUACUCCGUAAACGUGUCUCAAACCAACAGACUGUUCAGCCCAGGAAAGAUGCUCUUACGUGAAAUAUCUUAUUGUGGAUGUGAAACAACCAUAAACCGUGUCUUGAAAUGUCUUGUUGCAGAUGCUAAAUGCAUUUCUGAAAGCAUGAAUCUAUACAAUUUAUGCAGUACGAUGAAUUAAAUGACUAUAUGCAAUUAAAGAGAUGAAUAUGACAUGAUUUUUGAAUAGAUAUGAAUCAGCUGUUAAGAAAAAAAAAAAAUCAAACAAACCAAACCAACCCUUUCUUAAAGAAAAUGUACAGCAAAUUUUGACAGACAGUACAGUACACAAACCCUAACUUUACAUGGAGUAAGGAGUUGUACAAAACCCCCUCCAUGGCAUAGUGGUGUAUUUCAUAAAAGCUAUGCCAAUAUGCACAGUCAUUUAUGAAUUUGACAUUGUUAGUAUCCAUGUUUUCCACAGGACUGAUUAAAUGCAUAUUUGAAAUAGAUCUGUUAUUUUAAAAUUUGUUCUGUACAUCUGUACAUGUAUAAAAGCCAGAGUCAUUUUUGUGGUCACUACGGCACUUUCUGUGAAUUGGCCAAUAAAUAUAAUUUUAGAAUUUCACAUAAAA